UCUUUGUGCAAUAUCAUGCAUAUUAAAAAUACCAACAAGUGUAGAUCCACGAAAGAUCUUGAUCUUUUAGAUCUGGCAUGCAGUAGACACAGUGGGCACUCUGUGUAGACAUCAGGAGAUUUUCUUCCCUGAAGGACAAGCUCCUGUGGCAUCUUCCUGCACUGAGAUGCAGUCACACGAGCCUGUCUUUCACUCAGCAGGGUUGGCCAGGAAGGACUGGCUGAUAAGUAAUAAAGUGAACCAGUUUGUAAUUUCACAGGGCUCUGAAGGAAGAUGCAUUUAUCUCUGGCCAAGACCAGAGGCCAUGUUGUCUCUCCCGGGGAGGAACUUGAUGGGUUGUGGCUUCUUUGGGGGGGGCUAGGGCAGAGCCAGGCUUGAGUCUGAGAGAGGCAAGUCCAUAUAUUAAAAUCCAGCAAGGGGGGCGGGUCUAGCGCAAGGGGCAGGAAAGAAGCGGGAGUGGAAGGCAGGGAUGAGGACUGUUAACAGAGCCUCUGCCUCCUUCCUUCCUCUUCCCUCACACUGGCUCUUUUGGCCAUUUCCCUCACUGAGAUAGGAAGCGGUCCUGUGGUGAUGCCAAGGGCACGGGCUUCUGCUCUCCGGGCUCUGGCACAGUCAUUGGCUCUGAGUCAUCUGGGAAGGAAAGGCAUCUUUUACCACCCCCUCUCCCACUGUGGCCUCAGGCUCCCACCAUGCAGGAAAUGCCUGGUCUCCCACAAAUCAGAAGCUGUAAACAGGACUGGUGGCCAUUCAUACAGAUUUGGCAAAGGAUGAGAAGCUGUGGGUUAUUGGUAUCAGUGAUUACAGAAGGGGAAGGAGUUGAUAUCGGAAGAUACGAGAUGUCUUCUGAGGGGCUUCUGAGGAUGCUAUUAGCAUGUUCAGGCACAGCCUUAAUCUUUAAAAGUCACAAAGAGUCGUCAGCACAGUCAUUUCCCUAAUAAGCCUUGAGAGUCCUGUCAAAGACAGUUCUGGAUGGAAGUAAGAAACCAUUGAGGCUGCGUUGUAUGGUGGAAACAGCAUAGUUUUUAGGGAGAGGCAAAGGCAACUCUGUGUUGAGCUCUUAGCUCUGACAUUGAUGAAUUCAGAUUUAAAUUCCUCUAGCCUCAGUUUCCCUGUCUGUAAAAUCAGGAUAAAUACUUCUUACUCAAGGCCAACAAAAACAAGCAAUGGGGUAAAGGACUCCAUAUUCAUAAAUGGUGCUGGGAUAGUUGGCUAGCCAUAUGCGGUAGAACAAAACUGGAUUCUUACCUUUCACCAUAUAAGAAAAUUAACUCAAGAUGGAUUAAGUCAAAAUCUAAGGCCUCAAACUAUAAAAAUCCUAGAAGAAAACAUAGGAAACACCCUUCCUGACAUUAGCCGUGGCAAAGAAUUUUUGGCUAAGCCCCCAAAAGCAAUUGCAACAAAAACAAAAAAUCGACAGGUGGGAACUAGUGAAACUAAAGAGCUUCUGCGCAGCAAAAGAAACUAUCGACAAACAGCAACUUACAGAAUGGGAGAAAAUAUUUGCAACUAUUCAUCCAACAAAGGUCUAAUAUCCAGAAUCUAUAAGGAACUUAACAGGCGAAAAAAAAAACAAAAACCAAAAAACAAACUAUUAAAAAAAACAAGCAAAGGGCAUGAACAGAUACCUCUUAAAAGAAGACAUACAAGCAGCCAAUAAACAUAGGAAAAAAUGCUCAUCAUCACUAACCAUCAGAAAAUGCAAAUCAAAGCCACAGCAACGUACUUUCUCACACCAGUCAGAGUGGCUCUUAUCAAAAAGUCAAAAAACAACAUGCUGGUGAGGCUGUGAAGAAAAGGGGACACUUACACACUAUUGGCAGAAAUGUAACUUAGUCCAGUCAUCGUAGAAAGAAGUUCGGAGAUUUCUCAACUUAAAACAGAGCUACCAUUCAAUCCGGCAAUCCCAUUACCGGGUGUAUAUCCAGUAAAUAGAGGAAAAAUAGAUCAUUAUACCAAAAAGACACAUACACUUGAAUGUUCACUGCCGUGCUGUUCACAGAAUCAAAGACAUGAAAUCAACUGAGGUGCCCAUCAACAGUGGAUUGGAUUUGUUUUAAUUGGGUACAUACACACCAUGGAAUACUAUGCAGCCAUAAAAAGGAAUGAAAUCAUGUCCUUUACAGCAACAUGGGUAACCAUACUGGAAGAGCUGGAAACCAUAAUCCAAGCAAAUGAAUGCAGGAACAGAAAGCCAGAUACUGCAUGUUCUCACUGAUAAAUGGGCACACGUCGAGCACGCAUGAACAUAAACAUGGGAGCAAUAGACGCUGUAGACUGCGAGAGGGAGGAGGAAGGCGGGGUGAUGAGGCAGAAACCACCUUUUGGGUACUGUGCUCACUACCUGGAUGUAAGAUACCCAUGUAACAAACCUGCACACGUAAACCCUAUGUCUAAAAUAAAAGCCGGAAAAGAAAAAUUUCCCCAAUUGUGCUAGAAUUAAGCAAAAUACUAUUUCUAAGAUAUCCAGCAGAAGGUCUGGCAGCCUAGCAUAUAAUAGGUGCCUAAUGAACACUAGUUUUCUUAUGAGAGUAAAAAUUAAUAUGUACAUAUUCAGUUAGGUCAUAGAAAGUUGGAGUGGUGGGAAAAGUCAGCUGUUAAAAUGCUGUGGGAUCACUUUUGAGCCUUUUCACCUGUGAUCAAAGUUGUCCAUCACCCUGGCCUUUUAGGUAUCUUAGGUUACCUCUAUGGAAAUUCUAGAAUUUUAACAUUAUGCUUCUGUUCCCUUGCAGACUGGGCUGUCACUAUAAAGUUAGGCUGACUUGACUGUAUUUGAUAAUUAGGGGCUGGGAGAGCAUGGAAAAUUGAAGACAUAGAUAAUCCCUGUGUCUUGUUUUAGCCAGUAAUAAUUCUUCUCCCACCAAGUCUUUAUCAGAACUGCUAACAAGGAGAAAAAUCGACUGGUUUGAGUUUCCUCACCUUUUAUCCUCAGUCGAGGUGCUAAUGAACAGUGAAAUGGCCAAAAGGCGAGCAGCUCCAGGGAGGAGAAGCAGGAGGCUCAGAUAAUCCACCAACUGGGUAAUCGCUUUGAAUAACUGAAUUAAGUCCAGCAAAAGCAGGAACGAAUUUCAUAUACACCUCCAGAGAGUCCAGUGCCGAGUUACGCUUCCUCAACGCCACUUCAUGUUCCAGUGCCUCGAGCGCUCAGGAUGGAGGAAGACUCGAUCCGCCUGCCUGCGCACCUGCGCUUGCAGCCAAUUUACUGGAGCAGGGAUGACGUAGCCCAGUGGCUCAAGUGGGCUGAAAAUGAGUUUUCUUUACGGCCAAUUGACAGCAACACAUUUGAAAUGAAUGGCAAAGCUCUCCUGCUGCUGACCAAAGAGGACUUUCGCUAUCGAUCUCCUCAUUCAGGUGAUGUGCUCUAUGAACUCCUUCAGCAUAUUCUGAAGCAGAGGAAACCUCGGAUUCUUUUUUCACCAUUCUUCCACCCUGGAAACUCUAUACACACACAGCCAGAGGUCAUACUGCAUCAGAACCAUGAAGAAGAUACCUGUGUCCAGAGGACCCCCAGGCCCUCCGUGGAGAAUGUGCACCACAACCCUCCCACCAUUGAACUGUUGCACCGCUCCAGGUCACCCAUCACCACAAAUCACCGGCCUUCUCCUGACCCUGAGCAGCGGCCCCUCCGGUCCCCCCUGGACAACAUGAUCCGCCGCCUCUCCCCAGCUGAGAGGGCACAGGGACCCAGGCUGCACCAGGAGAACAACCACCAGGAGUCCUACCCCCUGUCAGUGUCUCCCAUGGAGAAUAAUCACUGCCCAGCGUCCUCCGAGUCCCACCCGAAGCCAUCCAGCCCCCGGCAGGAGAGCACACGCGUGAUCCAGCUGAUGCCCAGCCCCAUCAUGCACCCUCUGAUCCUGAACCCCCGGCACUCCGUGGAUUUCAAACAGUCCAGGCUCUCCGAGGACGGGCUGCAUAGGGAAGGGAAGCCUAUCAACCUCUCCCAUCGGGAAGACCUGGCUUACAUGAACCACAUCAUGGUCUCUGUCUCCCCGCCUGAAGAGCACGCCAUGCCCAUUGGGAGAAUAGCAGACUGUAGGCUGCUUUGGGAUUACGUCUAUCAGUUGCUUUCUGACAGCCGGUACGAAAACUUCAUCCGAUGGGAGGACAAAGAAUCCAAAAUAUUCCGGAUAGUGGAUCCCAACGGACUGGCUCGACUGUGGGGCAACCAUAAGAACAGAACAAACAUGACCUAUGAGAAAAUGUCCAGAGCCCUGCGCCACUACUACAAACUAAACAUUAUCAGGAAGGAGCCAGGACAAAGGCUUUUGUUCAGGUUUAUGAAAACCCCAGAUGAAAUCAUGAGCGGCCGAACAGACCGUCUGGAGCACCUAGAGUCCCAGGAGCUGGAUGAACAAAUAUACCAAGAAGAUGAAUGCUGAAGGAACCAGCAGUCCACCUCAGUGGCCAGCAGCCCAGAGAACCCCUGCCCGCCAGGAUUGCUGGAGGUGUGACCGAGCAGGCGGGCUAAGGAGAGUGGGAAAGGAAGCAACCCGGAAAUGGCAGGGACACUUCUCCUGCAGACCAAGAGGGACCCUGGAGCACCUUAGAUAAACCACCCAGCAAAGGCGGGGCUGGAAUUCUGGCGGAGGGCAUGAGGCUGGGACUCGCAUGUCAGGUUUCCUUCUCAUUUGGAAUCUCCGUCUGUAACUCCUCACCCUCACCCUUCCACUGUUGUUAGUUUCAUGGUGUUUUUGUUUUCGUUUUUUUAAGAACAUGCAGUUUGACUCUUCAUCAUUCAUCUAGGGGAAGACAUCUGAUGUUGUUUUCCUAUGGAAAUAUAUAUCUAUUAUAUAUAUUUUUUGCAAAUCUCACAAAGUGCGGCAAGCCCAGCUGGUCAGGAGAGAGAAUACUUGCAGAGGGGUUCAGAUUCCUCUUUUUUUUACCACGUGGAUCAGGUUUGUUCCUGUUACUGUUGGGUCUUGGCUGAAAAAAAAAAAGAUACUUUUAAAAAAGAUAAAAGGAGAGCUCUCUUUUUCUCUCUCUUACUCUCUUCUUCCCGUGGUCCCCUCUGUUUUCCCUCCCUGCCUGCUAUUGAGAUGCAGAUGCCUUCUGGCAGAGUUCAGCCUCUUAGAGAGUCUUGCGGAUUGUUGGCACCUAAACAGAAUCAGUGACCUGGGUGCUCUGCGGCCAGCGGCACAGAAUCGAACCCACAUCCCAGCAUUUGGCCACCCAUCUGAGGGAGGCCCAAAUCAUCACAGAUGCUGUACUGCAGAUACAUGCUAGUCCAAAGAGCCGUCCCUGAGAUGGCUGUGAGCGCCACACGCCUCAGGCAUAAGAUAAGGAUGGAAGGCUGUCCAAGUUAAUUGGAAGGCCUCGGCAGCUUGGGAUUAGCUUGGGAGCGCUGCAAAGUGGAAAAUAUGAAAAGACCACACAGGCCCGGCAGUCCAGAAACUGGGCAAAAAUAUUCUGCAGUGGGGAUUUAUUUUUCCAAAGCAGGUAACAGAAGCUAGUGAGAAAGAAAAACUCUCUGUGCCAUUCCAAAGGCCAUCUUGUGGUCAGUUUCAUGCCCUCACCUAAUUUUUUUCUUCAAUUCCUAGCCUUUUCUAAAGUUUCCUGGUCUCCACUGGACACAGAGCACUGGAGACGGAGGAUCCCAGAGGGCAGUCUCAGUUGCAGCCAGUGUUUGCCCAGCCUGGGCAGACAGGAAAUUCCUCUGAUACAUUAUUUUUUCUUUCAUAGCUCUGUCUCAGAAAGGACCCAUCUGUGGCACUUUUUCACCUCAAAAUAAGAUCGAUGGUAUCUUGUAAAAUGAGGGAGUGCCGCUUCUUAGUAUUUUUGAUGAUCACAGAUAUUUUUAGAAAGCUGUUUUAGAAUUUUUUUUCCCUCUUUUCUAGCCAUCUAAAUUGACUCUUCCAUUAUAGGGCUCAGAAAUCCAAUAUUUGGAGUACAGUUUCUUUCAAUUCAUAUUAGACCUGCCUCACAAAGCACCUCCUCCUCGUUCCCCCCUGUUUCCUCCACUCAGUUGGGGGAGCAACUCACAGCUCCUGCGGGAUGUAUAUGUGCCCUCAGCAGCAGCUCCCAGGUGAAGCUGCCAGAUCCCCAGGCUUCUCCGUAGCCUUUUCUGAAUUGAGUCAGACAUGCAGAGGUUGGGUCACACAGACGAGGAAUUUUCCCUGGGCCUUACAAGGACACCAACCUAGGGUGCAGAUAGAUGGACUAUGGUUCAAGGACACUGGAAUUGGAGAGCUGAUCAAGGCUGUCUUCAGCCUGGCUCUGUCCCUGCCUCUUACCAGGGCACAGGUAGACACACAGGGGUAGCCAGCCUGCUCCCACUGUCACAGGCACUUGCCAUUUGACCUUCCUGGAGGUCAGGGAUCUUCUGUGUGAGGCGAGAGGGUCUCAGUCUGCUUGAAAGGUGAUGAGAUUCUGCCGGAUCUCAGCACGCUGCAGGUGUGUUUUGAGAGUGUUCGGUAGGACAUGGUGACCCUAUUUCAGAGCGUAAGAUGAUGGGUACUGCAUCGCAAAUGCAAAGAUUAAGCCAAAUACCUGAUGUGUUGUGAAAACCACAGAUUUUAAGAACAGAGAGAAAGGGAUUUUUACACAUCCCUCUGUAUGAAUAUGAAAUGAGAUACCAGGGCAUCAUGUUGCUACAAUGAGAGCCUCUCAGUCUGGCCUUCUCACCCAAGUGCAAGAACUCAGCCUCUUACUGUACAAAGAAUCUUACAGUUGAAUUAUGGAGGGAAAUUCCCUUUUGCCCCAAGGAUUUCUAGUUUUAAAGCAAUAUCCCAGGAAAAUACGUAAGACAGGACGAUACCUUCAGCCACUUGAAGAAGACAUAGAAGUCACUCAUUCCAAUAUAAUCCUUAUUUCCCAUCCACGUACAGGCUGAGCAUCUCUAAUCUGAAUAGUUAAAACCCCAAAGGCCCCCAAAUCCAAAACAUGCUACAACACCAUGAGUGGAAUAUUCCAUACCUAACACUUUUGCUUUCUGAUGGUUCAGUGUACACAAGUGUUUUAUAGAGAAAAUUAUUUCAAAUAUCAUAUAAAAUUAGCUUCAAUCUGUGUGUAUAAAGUGUAUAUGAACCAUAAAUGAGUUUUACGUUUACACCUUGUGCCCAUCCCCAGAAUCUCUCAUUUUAUAUAUAUGCAAAUAUUCCAAGAUAAAAAAAACUCCAAGACCCAGAAUACUUCUGGUCCCAAGCAUUUCAGAUAAGGGAUAUCAAUCUGUACUACCAAUAAUGAUUUCUUAAUUUCCCUAACUGCAAAUGUCCUCUUUAUGUGUUCUUUGUGAGACGAUCUGGGUAGUGCCAGCACCUGGAUAUGGUACUUACACACCGCAAACCCUAAAGAUUUCAGAUCAAUUAGCAAACGUUGAUGAAGCACCUGCUGAACACUGUGAGGGACCCAAAGGUCAAUCAGCCAUAAUCCCUGCUUUUAGUGUUUCUAUUGUACCUGCUAAUCCACCCAGCAUAAAAUUUCUCGUUUCAACACUAAGGAUGAGGGGUGUUGUCAGGAGACAAAUCUGAAGUCAGAAGAAGAAAAUGCAGAGGAGCCCUGCCACGUGAUGGACGUGCACUGUCACUUGGGUCUUGAAGUUCUCGUUCCUGCAUCUCAGGCUAGCCAGGCCAUCUCCUCUCUAUCAGAAGAAAGCACUGGUAAUUGGCUAAACUCGGUAUGUUGAAGGUAACAUGAACUCUAAGAUCUUGACCGAGGGUGACUUCGUCUUGCUCAAGGUGGCAUCACCAAUGUCCCAAAUCCUUUGGGGAGGAGGGCAUGUCCCCACAGAAAAAGAAGAAAAAUAGACCAAUUUUCUCCUUUCAACAGUAUGUUUGGAACCCUCUGGUCCAAUGUCUUUUGAUACUGAUAUCUUGUCCAAAUGAGAAUGUCACUGUAGCUGAAAUUCAAAUGGCUGUGACAGAAUUUACUGAAAUAAUGAAGUAACAACCAUUCCCGCCUUUCACUGCCUAGGCUCCUAGUCUGAAUACAUUUUUGAAAUAUGAACUCCCUUUUCCAAAAAAAAAAAGAACCCUGGGUGUCAGGGAGGUGAAGUGACUUGCUCUAGGAGCAGACAGAUGCCAAGAACGGAAUUAGGAUUAGGAUCCAGCCAGGGCUUACCCUGUCUGACCCAUUCCCACCCAGGAAACUGAAGAUAAAA